AUGAGUAGCUUUCCUCUUUUUCGCAAAGCAUUACCUUUUCUUUACUGGAGUCCUACCGUGUUCUUCCUGUCGGACCAUUUCUUCCAUGUCAAGACGAUAUCUGGCAGGAGCAUGCAGCCGACUCUAAAUCCAGAUUCCUCUCAAUGGAGAGACGUUGCACUUUUCAGCAAGUUUGCAGUGCGAGAAGCAGAGGACUACGGGAGGGAUGAUAUCGUCACAGUUCGGUCUCCACAGAAUCCAAAAUAUGUGCUUAUAAAACGUAUAAUAGCUAUGGAGGGAGACACUGUGAAAACACUUCCUCCAUAUCCAGACCUGGAAGUGACCGUGCCCGAAGGACAUGUGUGGAUUGAAGGUGACGAACAUUUCGUGAGCGACGAUAGCAACCACUAUGGGCCGGUCUCCAAAAGCCUCAUUGAAUCGAAACUGCUCAUGAUUAUAUGGCCUCCUAAUCGAUUUGGGACAGUCAGCAUGAAAGCGUGCCCACCCCAAGAAGGCCAUCCUUUAAGCGACGAACAAAGACGGGAAAUAAAUCGUCAUGCCAGGGUCCAUAUACCUCCCAUACCCUCAUCGACUAGUGACGAAUAA